UCCCUACCUCUCUCCCUCCCCCAGAUUCACAGCAACUCGACAAUGUCAGAAGAUCCGAGUCAACUCGGAAGAAACUCUACACCCGCCGGGGGAGAGCUAAUAGCUCUCGGACUCACCGAUUCAGACGGCCACGAAGAGCAUCUCUACCACCACCAACAAGCCUCGGAGCUAUGCCGUUACAUACUUAACCUUGGCCACUCAGAAUCCGUUACGCAUCUUUCUUUACACUUGCAAGCUUCCUCUGAGCUCGUCAAGUUACUUUGCUCGAUCCGUAACUCCCCUAUCUCCCUGACGGAAGACGGCUUGUUCGUGACUCUCUCGUCAGAGUUUCUCUCCGAUCCGGCUAGCUUCGCGUCUGGUUUGGGUGUGCCGGAGAACGAUCUGUGUGAGAUGAUUACGCGUUUCACGGAUUCGAUGUCUCCCAAGCGUACGAGAGAAAACGAGGAGGAGGAAGAAGAGAUACAGCUCAUGCCGUUGCCGAAACGAAGCCGAAACGAUGAGAGCAAUGCGAGUUACAGAGCUAGCGAGAUUACAACUAUUGUGAAUGGUUCCAUGCUUGAGACUCUUAAAGCUUUCGAGUCCCAAGCUUUGAGUUUGGCAUUUGAUCAAAAUCCUUGGUCUGGUGGUUGCGAGAUGUUCACCGAUUUUCCAGUUGAUUGUUUGGAGGAGAGCAAGCAAGAUUCGCCGUUUCCUGGAGAGGUUGGAUACGGUAACCAUCUUGAGAUUGGAGAUUUUCAAAUUGUUGACAAUCUUAGUUUAAUCGAAGAAGAAGAAGAAGACGAGGAUAAGGAUAAUGACGAGGAUUUGUUACCUGAGGGGGAGAUACAAACUCCCAAUGUGCAGCCUGAACCGGUUGCCUCUUCUGAAAAUGAGUUGAGAUCAGUGUACGUUGUGGAGGAUACUGAAGAUAAGCUUGCCUUGAGUUGUAACCCAACGAAGCAAGCGGACCAGGCUGUAGAGAUCUUUACUACCCCUGUCAAAGAGAUACCGCUGAAGCCUUCUGCUACUCCGGUUAAUCAUGAUAGUUCGUUGGUACAGAAAACUCAGGAUGUGUGCAAGAUUUCUGGAAACAGCAAAGGAUAUAGCUGUUCUCCUGAGAAAGUAUACACCAGGAAAAGUAAAGCUAUUCAGAAGGCGAAACAGAAUUUUAACUCUGUUCGACCUAAAGAGCAGAAGGAUCAGUCAAGACAGAUCCAGUUUCCGGAUUUUGAUUCUUAUACUGUUGUAGAGGAAGAAGGCGCAGGUGGAUACGGGAUUGUUUAUAAGGCUAGGAGGAAAACAGAUGGAAAAGAGUUUGCCAUUAAAUAUCCACAUGCUGGUGCUCAGAAACACUAUAUUAUUAAUGAAAUCAGAACGCUGGAGCGUUUUGGGGGGAAGAAUUUUAUAAUCAAAUAUGAAGGCUGUCUCAAGAACGGAGAUUCCGAAUGCAUCAUCCUUGAGCACGUGGAACAUGACAGACCUGAUCUUUUGAAAAGGGAAAUAGAUGUGUAUCAGCUACAGCUGUACGGCUACUGCAUGUUCAAAGCUCUGUCAAGUCUUCAUAAGCAGGGUGUUAUUCACAGGGAUGUUAAGCCAGGCAACUUCCUUUUCUCUAGGAAGAGCAGAGAAGGCUAUCUCAUUGACUUUAACCUCGCAACGGAUUUGCACCAGAAGCACAGGAGAGCGGAUAAAUCAAAAGUAGCUACAGUUCUCCCAACUGCCAGCAAGAGGCAUCAGGCAUUGAUUAACGCUCCUGACACAACAAACCGAGCGAGCAACAAAUCUUCUCAGAAAACUCUGGCGCCUAAUAGCCUGAAGAAAGCAGCGGGAAAGAUAAGAUCUCGGAAUGACAUGAGCAGAUGGGAUAGAUUCAAUAGUCAAGGGGGAGAAGGUUCUGGCUUAACUUCUGCCAAAGAUGUGACCAGCACAAGGAACAACCCUUCAGGUGAAAAGAGGAGAGAGCCGUUGCCAUGCCAUGGAAGGAAAGAGCUUUUAAACUUUCUUCAGGAGACAAUGUCUGGUCCAGUUCCAAACCAUGAAGUAUCAUCCAAAGCUCCUACGUCUAUGAGAAAACGUGUCGCUGCUCUUCCAGAGAAAAAUGAUGGGCUUGUUUAUCUAACCCCAAUGCCGCUGCGUUCUAACGGUAGGCCUGAAGCAGGGGAUGUAAUUAAAAAGAAAGACGGUCCUUGCUCAGGAACCAAAGGCUUCCGUGCUCCAGAGGUUUGCUUAAGAUCGUUACACCAAGGACCUAAGAUAGACGUGUGGUCUGCAGGAGUGACUUUGUUAUACCUAAUGAUGGGAAGAGCACCUUUCACUGGUGACCCUGAACAGAACAUUAAGGAUAUUGCGAAAUUACGAGGCAGUGAAGAAUUAUGGGAAGUCGCCAAGCUGCACAACCGUGAAUCUUCUUUCCCUGAGGAAUUGUAUGAGUCAAGGUACUUGAAAGGGAUGGAGUUGAGAAGAUGGUGCGAAAUCAACACAAAACGCAGAGACUUCCUAGACGUGAUUCCACCGUCGCUGCUUGACCUUGUUGAUAAAUGUUUGACUGUUAACCCAAGGCUACGAAUCAGCGCGGAAGAUGCUCUGAAGCAUGAGUUCUUCCACUCAAUUCAUGAAACCCUUAGAAAACAAAGAGUCUUAAAGCAGCAGCAGCAAACGCAAUCGCAUCCUUCAGUGGUUGCUGACGCAGUAGGCCAACCGCUGCACUAAUAUAUUACAGAUGUAGAGUAGAAUAGUAACUAGACACCUUGUUUUUGACUUCUUUUUCUCUCCACAGUCCACACCACAACACACAUUGCAUGACAGGCAAAUUUAGUAACGUUAUAAGUUUAUUGACUCAAAUGUAGUUCUAAACAAGUAAAGGGUAGAGUUUUCAGACUGUAUAGAAGUUGUCAUAGCACUACAAUGAUUUGUAACUCAUGUUUGUAUUUCAGAGCAGUUCUUAUUCAUGCCACAUGUAUUUCUUUUGCUAUUACAAACAAAAACGUGUCCUUAUUCACUGCAAAGAAUCGGAGCAUCACUCUUUCGGUCUUGAAUGUCUCUGCAUCACAGUACGAAGACAGUGACAAGGAGAUUGGGAGAAGCAAGAAGCUGCAAGUCUCUUUGCAACUACUGAUUCUUUCUUACAAAUGCAAUGAAUAAAUCAGAUUUUGGGCAGGAAAAACGUAUAUCACAAAUUCACAAAAAGAAUUCAACAACAAGAAGAAGAAAAGUGUGGCAACUAGUUUUUAAAUAGCAAUACCAUCUUCAACAGCAGUAACAUCUGGAUCAUUGUUUCCAUGACGUUUCCUACACUCACAGUAAAAAACAGUGACUACAACAUAACUCACCACCACCUCAACACCAUACAUACACACCAGUCUCCACCCUUCCCACCCACCAGACAAAACCACAGACCUCCACCACGACCCUGAGCUCGAGUCUACAUCCAACUCCUUCGCCAGCUUCUCCAUCCCAUGACCAAUCAAACUCGAUAAAAACA